GAGUCGCGUAGAUAUAGUAGUUGUCGGGAAAAAUUACACCGGCGCUCCUCUUGGAGAGUACAAUCAUACAAAGUUUUUAUGCAGUUCAAUUUUGUAUCCCCCUUUCUUGCAAGCAUUCUAUACCCAAGCAGUCAGCAAACAAAUAUUAUUUACCUUGAAGUUGAACUAUAGAUAACAAAAGGACAAUACUCGUACAUAACGCCAGACUUCCUAUGAGUUAUGCACUAGGGACAAUAUCACACGUAACAGUAUCUGUUACUGAGUAAAUGACACUCUGCCAAUCAAUCAACAGUAAAAACAUCUCAAAAGAGCGGUUUAAGUCACCAACAUAACGUGGGGAUUAGAUAACGAUGUAAACGUCUGCCUGACCAAUCGGACGCCCCGUCAGUAUUUACUUAGCAUGAAAUGGUGUAAAAGCGCUUUCUUGUCGCAGUUCUGGCUGUGUUCACGUCUAUGCCGACUGGCUGCCAAACUCCGGUUGUUGACUCUGUUGUCAAAGCGCUCUCACGUAUCGAGUGUUCUGUGUGCGCCUAAGUGAAACCGGAUGACGGCGCUAUUGUGUAUACUUGUGUAUUAUAUACUGUUGACAAUAUAGCCCCCCAGACUGGGCAUACUAGGCAUGGUGUAAGGACCUGGUAAGAUUUUACUGUUAUCUAUACAGAGGAUUUGUUAGUGUGUGUUCGUACAUGUCAACACCAGAAGGACAUCUGGACUUGGAGGAACUCGGUGCGUACGCGUUCAACUUCACGUUUUAAGCCUGGCCGUUUCAAGAGUUCAAGAACGGACCUUUCAUUGGCGGACUUCAACCCCACAGCUUAUGACAAAGACGUUAUGAACUUCCCUUCAGAAUCUUUUGUGACUACAACGUACAGGUCUUAGAAGAGUGUCGAAGACACAACAUGGCGUCUCCGAGGAAUAUAAGCUCCUACCGCUGUGUGAAAGACGGCUGGAAGACUCUAGAUCUUAGCAAUCAAAACCUGUUGGUCAUUCCUCCUGCUAUAUUCGAACAUAUUGACUUGGAGAGGUUAGAUCUUCAGGACAAUAACAUCUGCACGGCUGUAGUACCACGUGAGGCCGCUAACCUCGCUUCUCUAGUUAUCUUAGACUUGGGAAACAACACAAACCUGGGGCAUCUGCCUCGCCAGAUCGGGCUGCUAGCGAAACUCCGGGAGCUGAGAGUCCAGAGAUGUGGGAUUGAGAAACUGCCCGAGGAACUGUAUAACCUGCAGACGCUAGAGGUCCUCGUGGCCCCGGGAAACAAGAUAACCACGCUGAGUGAAGAUGUUGACAGGUUGUACAACCUGAAGGAAAUUUGGCUAGGAGAGAACGAGAUCGAGUCAUUACCGGGGACGCUAUGUAUGCUAUCAAGUUUGCAAACUUUAAGUCUGUUCAAGAAUAAGCUCUCGUCGCUGCCAUCGGGGAUAGCCAACCUACAGUCACUCAAGCUGCUCAGCAUCCAGAGUAACCGCUUCACGGCUCUGCCUGCCGAUAUCUGCAAACUGUGCAACCUGCAGGUGCUACACGUGGGGGAUAACGUCAUACACGAACUGCCGGACAACAUCACCAAGCUGACCAAACUCAGGGUGCUGAGCAUCAGCGCCUCGCACUUCAAGGUGUUCCCGGCCCAGGUGCUGCACCUGUGGGGGCUGGAGGAGCUGUACAUGGGGCGGUGGUCCGGGCCGGGACGCCGCUCCUUCGUACCCAAGGACAUCGCGAUGCUGAGGAACCUGAAGCGGCUGGCUGUGGAUGUGUGCGGGCUGGAGGCCCUGCCGGACGGGGUGGGCGCGCUCACGCAGCUGGAGUACCUCAGCCUGAGUUACAACCGGCUCUCGUACCUCCCGCCACAGAUCCUCACUCUCACCAACCUCAAGGUCCUCAAGCUGAAGAACAACGGCAUCACAAGCCUCCCCCCGGCCAUGCACAGGCUCGCCAACAUCGAACAGAUCGAUCUCACCGGUAACCCCCUGACGUACCCUCCCCCCAAGGUGCUGAAUGGGGGAGUUGCCGCCAUCAUGGCUUUCCUCACGGAGGAGGCAAGACUGGAGAGGAUCCGGAGGGAGAGAGAAGACCGGGAGUUCAGUCAACUGAUGAACGCGCUGUCCGCGGACGUGGAGCGGGCGGAGUGGCGGUGGCUCGGGCGGGAGCUGGGGCUGACGGACCUGGAGCUGCACGCCAUACAGGAGAACGCACAGGACAACCUCCAGGAGCAGACCUACAGGGUGCUGAUGACGUGGAGGGAGCAGGCGGGGGAGUGUGCGACACUGGACCGCCUUGUGGAGCACCUAAGGUCCAUCCGGCUGCACCACCUAGCGGAGACACUGCAGGACAUGAGGGAAUCGCGCCACCUAGCGAAUACACCUUGAGGGAAUCUCGCCACCUAGCGGAGACUCUUCAGGACAUGAGGGAAUCGCGCCAACUAGCGGAUACACCAUGAGGAAAUCUCGCCACCUAGCGGAGGCACUGCAGGACAUGAGGGAAUCGCGCCACCUAGCGGAUAACACCAUGAGGGAAACUCGUCGUCUAGCGGUGACACUAUGUAUUGCAUUACUAAGCACUUUCUAUCAGCAAAUAUGACACUGGCUACUUCGCGCCACCUAGCGGAUACACCAUGAGUGGAAACUCGUCGCCUAGCGGAGACACUACAGGAGAUGAGGGAAUCGUGCCACCUAGCGGAUUAGCUGAGGGCACGAGAGUUUACAACGACUGACACUAAAACAUUGCUUUAUAUUUUAUUAUGAUACCAAAGUCGGAGCCAUUGUGGAAAUGAAAGAACAGCGCCUUGUUUAUCAACUCCAGAUCUGACAUGAACUUUUGCCUAUACUUGUUUUUGUUUGUUGUUUCUUCUGUUUUCGCGCAAAACGAGUGACGAUCAUUUUCUCCCCUACAUGAUGAAGGAUGGGAGUGAAUUAUGUGCAAGAAUUCUUGAUAAGUACACUCGAGCUGCUAUAUCUUGAUUUGGGAUUAAGAAUUUACACAAUAAAGCCAUGUGUGAUACACAUCG